AGUUGGCUACCUGAAUGUAUCUAGUCGGCCUUAAGUCAGUGUCGUCUGCAAUACACACCUGUGUGUUUAUCUCGAUCUACCUGCAUAUUGUCUAAUUAGUUUGUUAUCUUAUUAAUUGGAGCCAUGAAGGUUUACUGGAAAGUCAUCUCGGACAUAAUCAUAUAUUUGGCAGCAACAGCCUUCACCUUCCUGCUGGUGUUCGAUAAGAUCCCUGUGAUCCGACCGUACGAGAGAGGGUUUUACUGUGAUGACCAGAGUCUAAUGUACCCCAUAGUGGAGGAGUCGAUAGAUGACGGCACCAUCAUCGCCAUGUCUCUCCUCAUCUUCCCGGCAGCCGUGAUCAUCGUUGAGUUAUUUUACGCCUGUCAUAACGGCAGUUGUUCCGACUUGAGUGGGACUCUAUGGGUGUACGUCAAAAACCUCUACAGAACUGUCGGAUCAUAUCUCUUCGGCGGCACAGGCACCAUACUGGUUGUAGAAAUGCUUAAGCUGUUCUUCGGACGCCUCAGACCUAACUUCAUCGCCGUGUGUAGACCUAACUUUACAGCCAUUGACUGUACACAAGGCUUCAUUAGAGAGUUCCAUUGUAACGAGACGGACGAGGAAGUAUUAGCUGAUCUAAGAAAAUCCUUCCCAUCUGGACAUUCGGCAUCUGCGGCCUACGGCAUGUUAUUUCUGGCGGUAUACCUACAAUUUAGACUACUUCUUAAAUGGGUUCGACUCCUGCGACCUCUACUGCAGACACUUGUCAUCAUACUAGGUGUUUUCAUUUGUGCAUCACGUCUCCAAGACUACCGUCAUCAUCCCGGUGACGUCAUUGGUGGAGCGAUCGUUGGAUCAUUAGGUUGCCUUCUAACAGUAAUUUUUCUUGCUGACAAAAUGAAUUACAUGAACCGUUCUUACCUACGGAAGAUGGAAGAACGAAAUGAAAAACGUAUGCAGAUGGGAAAAUAUAUAGGAAACGACAAUCUAGCGUUUAGAGACAGUGUUCUAAGUAUCAACAUGUCCCAACUCGGUGUGGACAAUGGACAGAAUCGCCACAGUGGAACAGCCCUACCAUAACCCGCCAUGUAGCCCUGGAAAUACGUCAUAUUUAAACAGGAUGCGUUAUGUCAUAUUGUCUUUUAUGCUUCAUUGUUUAUACAUGUGUUAGCCGCCCUCACGUGCCUUAUAUAUGUAUUCGUUGCAAGGCUAAUUAGUAAAUGUUGUUGUUUAACUCUGACGUAUCGUUGGUCUAAUGAGAGUGUUAUAUAUAUAUUACAUUCACUAUAUAUCAUUAUUUACCGUCUAAAGUUAACAAUAAUGACUCCGUCAUUAGUGACGAGUAAUUUUAGGAUAACUUAAACACCGUCUGCAUUUGACAUUUUCCAAUGAAAGUGUUCACCUUUGAAAUGUAUAUUAUGUAUACAUGUAUAUAUAUUAUGAUCAAGCGAAAUUUGAAAGUGUAAACUUAAAUUGUUUGUAUUAUUUUCACCCUUUUUAUCAACAUUUAUACAAUUGAUAUAUCGGUUGUCUCUAGGACAUCGAAAUGAGGCCCAACAUAACUGUGAUACAAGUCCGUGGUGCUUGAAUUUUAUAUACUUUUCUUGAAUACAUAAAAGGUUAGCAAAUGUCAAAUAGCGGUAUCCGCAUCCCCCUAUGCAUACACAUACCGUCACACACAAACACAUGCACAUUCCUUCACAACCACGCAUGAACAUGCCCUCAGAUCCACACACACAUAUCCUCACAUCCACACACACAUACCCUCACAUCCACACACACAAACCCUCACAUCCACACACACAUACCCUCACAUCCACACACAAAACCCUCACAACCACUCAUGAACAUACCCCCACAUCCACACACACAUACCCUCACAACCACACACACAUACCCUCACAUCCACACACAAAACCCUCACAACCACGCAUGAACAUACCCUCACAUCCACACACACAUACCCUCACAUCCACACACACAUACCCUCACAACCACGCAUGAACAUACGCUCACAUCGACACUCACAUACCCUCACAUCCACACACACAUUCCCUCACAACCACUCAUGAACAUACCCUCACAUCCACACACACAUACUCUCACAUCCACACACACAUACCCUCACAUCCACACACACAUACCCUCACAACCAAGCACGAACACUCCCUCACAUCGACACUCGCAUAUCUUCACAACAAUGCAGGCACGUACUCUGACAAACACUUUAGCAUACACACACAUGCACACACAUACUUCACUUUCACGCAGGCAGAUACCACAAACCCAUGCACAUUAUGGAGAGUAUGUCAGUGCUAAUAAAUGUUAUUAUUACGGUGUGAUAUGGUUCAACUAACAUGGCAGUCCUUACACACCUGACGAUACAUGAUUACAUGAUCAACAAACAAGCCUUUUGUUCUUUUGUUUAAAAUUCAGAAGAUAAGUAGAUCCAUUUACGGUUAUAUCAAAAGAAGGCAGAAUCUGGAAGGGUUCUUCAAAAAGUUAUAAUUUUCACCUAAAGCUCACGUGAACUAAAUUAAGAACGCUCUGACGUCACUAAUUAGCUUUUCCUCUCUUUUUUUGUUUUGUUUUUUAAUGUCAGUAAAAAAACAGAUCACGGACUGAUUUUUUCAAUAUUGUACGCUUCAAAUGCGCAUUUUUUUGUAAACAAAUCAGUGCUUUAGAAUGAUUAUAAGAAUUUGUAUUAUAAAAUAUCCGACAGUCUAGAAUUUUUUCUUUCAGCCGAAAAAACAAUACCCCCCGCCCCCCC